UGAAGUGGGAGUUCAGAGGUCAGUCGAAACCUUCGAACAUUCGUCACCUAUUGAUUGCCUUUUGCAGAGAACCGUGUCUUGUGGGACACGGGUUUUUAUUUUUUUCCAGCUUCGUCCCAGUUUGGUUAUACAUUAUGGAACUGAAAGUGUUUUUCACAGUCCUCGCAGUUCUGACCUUGGCUUUGUUAAAGACAACACGAGGUGACUUGGAACCCGUCCUACAGAGUUGUUGUUCUUCAGGUGAGGUGUUGGCCCGGAAUCAGACGACAUGCGCGGGUUCGGGAGAUGUAGCUAAAUUUCCUCCACAGGACAGACUGACCUGUCUGACUGCCAUUUACAUCUGCUGUAUACGAACACACAGGCAGAUACACUGUGAAAAUGGGAAAAAUGCUGCCCGGACACGAAAGCAGUGCUCCAUUCAUCCACAGCAGGGAGGAGAAGCCUUCAAAGACUGCUGCGAUGCCUGUACCUUGGGACUACAAGCGGAAUCCAUGCAGAUGCCUUGCACAUUUUCAAGCUUCAGUUUCGGUUUGCCAUGGGACGAAGCUUUCCAAGAUUGCUGCCAGAAUCCGUACUCGCCAUUAGGUACAUCUCCUGAACAUGCUAAUUUUUCUCCAGGCAACGGAAAUUGCGGUGCUGACAAUCCUUGUGACCAAAAAUGCGAAGAAAUUGGACAGGGUGUGCGUCGUUGCUCAUGCUAUCCCGGCUACAAGUUAACUGUUGAUCUCAGGACUUGCGAAGAUAUCGAUGAAUGUCUUCUGGAAGCUCACAACUGCGAUCCGGCAACUGAGACAUGCCUUAAUAGCAUCGGUGGAUUUCAAUGUCUUGAGAAAACGCUUCCGAUAGCAGAUGUUCUCAAAGUCGCAUGUCCUGUUGGUUACGAAUUCAAUCAGGACAGACGAACUUGCGACGAUGUGGAUGAAUGUCAAGCUGCUGUAUGUCCUCGGGGAUUCUUGUGCAUGAACACGAAAGGAUCUUACAGAUGUCUUGCUGCCGCCAAUGCGACAGCUGAUCCGAUUCUCCAUCCAUGCCCAAGAGGAUUUCAAUUUCAUACAGCUGCAGGAAGAUGCAUAGAUUUGGACGAAUGUGCGGAGGGUAUUGACACAUGUGACAGAACCAUACAAAUGUGCCAGAACUCUCACGGAUCUUAUCAGUGUCUGGAGAAACCCACAAGGAAUAGAAAUUGUCCUGCUGGCUUUAAGUGGAAUGGAAACAAAGACAACUGCGAAGAUGUAGAUGAGUGCACAGAAGGCCUUGACGACUGUGCUGAUCCUCAGCUACAAUGCCGUAACACCAUUGGAGGCUAUGGCUGCAUCCCCAAGUGUCCACCCGAAUUGCUGUUCGACCCUCAACGAGGAGCUUGUGUCAAUAUUCAGGAGAUAGCAGACUGUGCCUCUGGCCUGGUCAAGUGCGAAGCCAACCAAGUGUGCGUACCAGUGGGCAGUACUUCCAAGUGCGUACAGAAAUCGGUGGGAGAUCUCUGUGAACCGGGUUUAAAGCCAGAUAUUGCACCAGAUGGCGUCACGGGCAUCUGUGUUGAUGUCAAUGAAUGUGAGGAGUACCCAGAUGCGUGCGAUAUCGAAAGAGAAAAAUGUGAGAACGCAUGGGGGAGUUACGAAUGCUUACCCCUCCAAACAAUUGGUCUCGCAGAGAACUUUUGUCCUCCCGGAUUCAAAAGGGACCCUCGCAAUCGGCAGUGUAUCGAUGUGGACGAAUGCGCAGAAAGAAUCGACAAUUGUGAUAGGAUCAGUCAGAGAUGUGUUAAUACCAACGGCAGCUACGAGUGUGAAAACGAACAGCGUCCAAGACCAGCAGCGGAUCGUGACUCAGUGGCACAGUGUCCACCAGGUUACAGACCUCGACAAGGAGGAUGCGAAGACGUUGAUGAAUGUUUGGAAGGCCGACAUCGCUGCCUUCCUGACAAAGAACAAUGCGUCAACGUGCCGGGUGCUUAUAAGUGCCAACAACUGCUUGUCACUCCUCCCCCUGCACCAUCAAGGGCCUGUCCCACUGGACGGAGAUUCGAUCCAACCUCAGGAUCCUGUCAAGAUGUGGACGAAUGCGAAGAAGGAACACACACCUGCGACCCCAACACCCAAGAAUGCUUGAACGCAGUCGGCAGUUUCAGAUGCAUUUCGAAAGUCACCUGUCCUUAUGGUUACAGAUGGGUUGCAUGGAGAAGGAAAUGUGAAGAUAUUAACGAGUGCAUGGAUGGCGACAACGAUUGCGACCGACGUACCCAGAUGUGCAUCAACACUCCGGGCAGUUACCAAUGCCAGACCAGGCCGGGUCAAGUCACAAGCAACUGUGGCACGGGGUAUGUCUACGACGCCUCCCGAGAUACGUGCACAGAUCUGAAUGAAUGCGACAUCCUUCGCCCGUGCAGAAAUGACCAGGUGUGCGAAAACACUCCUGGAAGCUACAGGUGUGUGUGUUCCCAGGGUUUCACUUUGGAUACCGUCACCAAGGAAUGUAAAGAUGUGAACGAAUGCCAGCUACAGCUGCAUUCCUGUGCGGAAAGUCAGCGGUGUGAUAACACUAUUGGAUCGUAUACCUGCGUCCGCACAACAAGCUGUGGCACAGGAUAUACGCUCAACGCCGCCACUUCACAAUGUGAAGAUGACGACGAAUGCUUGCUAGGGACCCACAACUGUGGCCCAGGUUUCGAAUGCCGCAACACUUUAGGAUCCUUCCGUUGCCAUCGAGUCAAAUGCCCAUCUGGACAAAAGCUGCUGUCCGAUGGCACCUGCAAAGUUAUCACCUGCGGAACAGGAAUGGAGCAUGAUGAUGAUGGUAAUUGUAUAGAUAUCAACGAAUGUGCUCGUAAUCCACCUUGCAGACUGAAUCAGAGAUGCAUCAAUACCGCUGGAUCCUACAGGUGUCAAAACCUCCUCAACUGUGGCUCAGGAUACGAACUUAACGAGGUGGGAGACCAGUGUGUAGAUGUGGAUGAAUGUGAAAGACGCAUCGCUGAAUGCGGACCUGGACAAACGUGCCGGAACCGACAAGGGGGUUACAUCUGUGAAUGCCCUCGAGGAUACAGUCUUAGUCCUCAGAGAGUGUGUGAAGAUAUCGACGAAUGUUCAAGAUUCCGCGGUCAGGUAUGUGCCAGCAACUCAGAAUGUAUCAAUACUCAGGGAUCGUAUACAUGCAACUGCAAUGAUGGAUUUAGAGCUGGAGGAACGGACAAGAGCUGCGUGGACAUAGACGAAUGUGCCGAACAACCAAACAUUUGCCAACAGACAUGUAAUAAUGUGUGGGGAUCGUACCAGUGUUCCUGCAAAUUAGGCUAUACCUUAGCACCUGAUGAGAGGUCUUGCCAAGACAUAAAUGAAUGCGAAGUUUAUGGAGGUAUUGGAAGCCUUUGCAUCGGAUUCUGCGUGAAUGAACCAGGUUCAUUCAAAUGCUCCUGUCCGAAUGGGUACAGAUUGUCUUCUGACGGUCGUACUUGCCAAGAUAUUGACGAAUGCCAAGAACAAAACAUCUGCAAUGAUGAUAGAGCUGUCUGUCUGAAUACAAGGGGAGGCUACAAGUGCAACCGCAUUGAAUGCCCUCCGAAUUACGUUCGCGACAAGGACCACAGAAACCGUUGCAAGCGAUCAUCCAGGGACUGCGUGCAGGGCAGUGCGGAGUGCCUCAAGGAGCCCCUCACCUAUUCUUACAACUACAUCACUUUCGUAUCCAAUAUGCGGCUACCUCUCUCGGGUCAGUUGGACCUCUUCACCAUGCGAGGUCCCCGUUUCCAGAGCACCACAGUGCAGUUCUCACUAGAACUGAAAGACGCCAGGGCUCCACAGGGUACGCCUCCAGUCACCAAAGAUUACUUCCACCUAAGAAGGACGAACUACAACGAAGCCAUGGUCUCGCUCAUCAAGACUAUCAAAGGACCUCAGGAAAUUGAGCUUGAUCUCAUCAUGAAGAUCUACCACAAUGGACUUUUUGGUGGAACAGCCAUGGCCAAACUCUAUAUCUUUGUCACAGAGCAUGAAUUUUGAUCAUAAUCUUUAGUGCAGAAAAAUGGACUAAAUGUUGGAUCUUUAGAGAACUUGGAGUUUAGAGUCUUUUAGUUUGUAGAUAAUAGGCGCUCGCCUUUGUAGAUUUUUAACAUAAAUGACGAUAAUAUUUUCUAACGUUGUGUGAUGGUUUUAAGAGUGGGAAUACAUUGUAUUGGUUAGACAUCAGAGAUGGCAACUCUGGAGGAAAAAAAAAAGGAUUUGUUUCAGUAUUCUUCAUGCAAUAUCAAAUUACUAUGAAAUUUAAAUUUAAAUCAGCUUCGAAAAAUUAUUCUAACUUUUAGAAUGACAAUUCGAAUUUACACAAGGCCGUUUUUUAGUUAAUAUUUGGAUUAUAAUUUUCCUAAUGAAUGAUUACUUCAUCUGUUUUCUUUAUGAUAUUUAAAUUAUAUUUGAAAUAUACCUGUAGUAUUAUGAUAGACUUUAACACCUCAUUGCCACUUCUAUCAAACUUUCUUUUGUUGUGUUGUAUUUAUACUUUACAUGAAUAUAUUUUAGCUCUAAAUUUCACUUAAAGUUCAUAUUUUUUGUACUUUUAUAUUUAAAUAAAAUAUUUGUCACUGUG